AUGGGUGACCACUCAGUGACCGAUUACAAUGACCCUGCUGCCAAUGCUCCCGACGCAGCUGCUUACGGAAAGGGCAAGGGCAAGGCUGCCGAUGCGUACGGUGACGUGAACAUGGGCGAGGAAGAAGACGACGAAAGCUCUGAGGAGGAGGAGGAGGAGGAAGAUGAAAUGGGCGCCGAAGACGAAGAUGAAGAUGAAGGCGACAACCUCGAACCCAUCUCAGCAGAUAACAUCAUCGAAGGCGGCCGUCGCACACGCGGCAAACGCAUCGACUUCGCUGAAGCCGCCGAGAAAGCCAAGGCAGCGGGCGACGACCCAAUGGAUGACGAGGAUGAUGAAGAUGAAGAUUUCCACGGGGAAGAUAACGACGGUGAUCAUAUGCAGGAGUAG